CUGCGCGCGAGCCACGGCGUUUCCGUCUCGCACCGCUCCCACGGCUCGACCGGCCAGUGCCAGGACCCCGGCAAGGUGUUCAAGGGCAAGAAGAUGGCGGGCCAACUCGGCAAUGCGCGCGCGACCGUGCAGAACCUCGAGGUCGUGGCGACGGAUGCGGCGCGAGGCCUGAUCAUGGUGAAGGGCGGCGUCCCCGGCCCGAAGGGCGGCGUCGUGCUUCUGUCGGAUGCGAAGAAGCGCCGCCUGCCGGACGACGUUCCGUUCCCGGCGGGCCUCCUGGAGGAGUCUGAACCGGAGGUGGUUGAAGAGACUGCGCCCGCAGUCGACGUCAUCGACUUCGACGCGAAGAAGGUCGGCAAGAUCGAACUCGCCGACAACGUCUUCGGCGUGGCCGUGCGGCCCGACCUGAUGCACCGCACGGUACGCUGGCAGCUCGCGAAGCGGCGCGCCGGCACGCACAAGACCAAGUCGGUCGCGGAGAUCCGUGGGUCCACGCGCAAGCCCUUCAAGCAGAAGGGCACGGGCCGCGCCCGUGCAGGCUCGCGCCGGGCGCCGCACCACCGGGGCGGCGUGGCGAUAUUUGGCCCUGUGCUGCGCGAUCACGCGCACAAGCUGCCCAAGAAGGUCCGCAAGCUCGCGCUCAAGUCCGCGCUCUCCAGCAAGCAGUCCGACGGCAAGCUCUUGAUCGUCGACUCCCUCGACCUCGGCUCGGCCAAGACCCGUGUUCUUGCCGAGCGGCUCGCAGGUUUGGGUUGGUCGUCGGCGCUGAUAAUCGAUGGCGACGAGAUCGAUAACGGUUUCGCCAGAGCGGCUCGCAAUCUGACCGGGGUUCAGGUGCUCCCCCAGAUGGGUGCCAAUGUCUACGACAUCCUCCGCCGCGAUCGCCUGGUGCUGACCCGCAAGGCGGUGGAAGACUCUGCAGGCGCGGCUGACAUGAGCACGGAACCCAAAGAGCGCUGGUACGACACGAUCCUCGGUCCCGUGGUGACCGAGAAGUCGACCCAGGGCUCGGAACACAACCAGGUCACCUUCAAGAUGGCUCUCAAGCACUUCAAGCCGACCACGCCGGGGCGCCGCCAGCUCGUCCUGGUGGACCGCUCCGAUCUCUGGAAGGGAAAGCCGGUCAAGGCGCUCACCGAGGGGCUCAGCCAGAAGGGUGGGCGCAACAGCGACGGCCGCAUCACCAUGCGCCACCGCGGCGGGGGCCACAAGCGCCGCUACCGCAAGAUCGACUUCAAGCGCCGCAAAUUCAACGUGCCGGCGACGGUGGAGCGGCUUGAGUACGACCCCAACCGCUCGGCCUUCAUCGCGCUGGUCCGCUAUGAAGACGGCGAGCAGGCUUACAUCCUGGCCCCGCAGCGGGUCUCGCCGGGCGAUAAGGUGGUCUCCGGCGAUCGCUGCGACAUCAAGCCCGGCAACGCGAUGCCGAUGAGCAACAUCCCCGUCGGCACCAUCAUCCACAAUGUCGAGAUGAAGCCGGGGAAGGGCGGCCAGAUCGCACGCUCCGCCGGCAACUACGUGCAGCUGGUCGGCAAGGACCAGGGCUACGCCCUGCUCCGGCUGCCAUCCGGCGAGCAGCGGAUGGUCCAUGCGCGCUGCAUGGCCACCAUCGGCGCGGUCUCCAACCCCGAUAACCAGAACACCAAUCAGGGCAAGGCGGGCCGGAUGCGUUGGAGAGGUCGUCGGCCGUCGGUGCGUGGCGUCGCCAUGAACCCGGUCGACCAUCCCCACGGCGGCGGCGAGGGGAAGUCCUCGGGCGGGCGGCAUCCGGUCACCCCCUGGGGCGUGCCGACCAAGGGCAAGCGCACGCGGAGCAACAAGAGAACCGACCGCUUCAUCAUGCGGCGUCGGGGCAAGAAAUAG